GGGUAUUGUAGUUCUAAGGGUUGGACUACAACUCCCAGAAUCCCUUAGCAGCGUCGGAGGAAGAGGAAGGAAAUUCUUCCCAGGCAGCAAUGGCUGAAGAGGUGGAGAGGAAGCCGGUGCUUGAGAUGGUCCAGGCAGAUGGGACGGAUGGAAACUGUGUCACAUUUGUGUUACAUGAUGAGGACCACACAUUUGGCAACUCCCUCCGUUACAUGAUCAUGAAAAACCCUGAAGUGGAGUUCUGUGGUUACAGCAUCACCCACCCAUCUGAAAGCAAAAUCAACUUCCGGAUCCAAACCAGAGGGGGGAUCCUAGCCAUUGAGCCAUUCCGGAGAGGACUGACAGAACUGGUGGACGUCUGCCAGCACGUGCUCAGCAAGUUUGAGGCAAGCGUAAAGGAAUACAAGGCCCAAAGAGAGGCAGAAAUGGACUAGCCCCUGCAGCUGCUGGAGUACGGAAUGGACAUGCAUAUAUUGUUCAUGUAUGUUUAAUGCCCCUGUUGAAAGAGGUUUUAUUUUUUUAUGACAAAUCUGAAGCAAACGGUGUAAUUUCUCUAAUAAAUGCUGUAAGGUUCA